CCUCUGGGCGGGUCUUCCGCUUGUUUCCCUUGGAGGGAAGUUCGACCAAAAUAGCUUGUCAAGAACCGUGAAUAAACUUUAAAUUUGAUAUUAUUUAUAGAUUUCAACCUUCAUUGAACAUUUCAGAUGUUGAAUAUUAGUUUUCACACGCGGCUAACUGUUUAGAAAAAGUUUAGCAAUAGUGCGUAAGCGAUGGAAAGUCGCUUACGUAGUAUAGCUCCUUUAGCUGACCUCAACUUUUCUCCGAUCGAUUGUUGGCCAUAAACUGAGCUAGACGAUGUAGCUGCCGGGUGGUAGAUUAGAUUAAUAGAUUAAGAGACUAGUAAGUGACCAUGGAUCGCAACAAGAGGAGGCUGGCAAGUCAGUUGUGUGCCGCGGUGAACGGCGGAGAUCCCAGAUCUGUGCAGAACCUUCUUUCAAAAGGUGCCAGCCCUGACCUGGUGGGAAGUAAAGGUGUUGCUGCAAUACACUUAGCUGUUGGAAAAGAAACAGAGAAGAAUAUACGAUGCUUGAAAAUGCUGCUGCAACAUGGAGCAGAUCCCAAUGUCAGGUCAUCUGAAGGCCUGACUCCACUUCAUGUCGCUGCACUUUGGGGAUGUUAUCAAAAUCUGAAGCUGCUGCUAAUAAAUGGAGGGGAUCCUAAUAUUAAAGAUAAUGAGGGGAGCACACCCGGGGAGUUAGCAGAGCAGCAGGAAAAUCGAAAAUGUGCCCAUCUCCUUGAGGAAUACCUGAGCAGCUCAGAUGGCAUUGAAGAGGCAGGCAUGCCUCGGUUUCAAUACUCUGUGUACUCUGACCAGACGGAUGUGUCCAGCUAUCCGGAAUCUAACUGCAGCUUUAGCGACUUUGGUGAAGCUCCAAUGAGCAGCACAAGGCUGUCAUUGCUCUCCAACCUUUCAAGCAUUAGCAGAAUAUCAAAUUACAAAGGCUCAUCAUUUAACAGCUCGACUGAUGCUUCCAUGCUUUGCAGCACUCGUCUCUCUGCAGUUGCCAAGCCACUUCCCAAUGAAACACUUUCGUGCAGAGAAGGGAUUUUUCCAACAAAAGCAAAUGAAUCAACAGCUAAUGGCACGGUUUUUCCUCCUGAGCUUCCCUCUGGGCGAGUGAGGCAGAAGAGUGUGAGCUUCAGAAACAUAGAUGAUAUUUUCCCUGUUUUCAGUCCUGAACAGAAACAGAAGAUCACCGGCGAAGACAGCACUUUGCCCUUUAACUUGUCUGAGUACUCUGACUUUCUAGAUUCAGAGCGCCUGGUCACUGUUCUACCCAAACAAGGCCUUGAUGUCACAUCACCAGAUCACGCCUAUGUCUUCUGCAGGGGAAGCAGCGAGAACACGGCGGAUAACUUGGACAAGACUGUUGUUAGCCACUGUGCUUCUGAUGGAAGCGAUGGUGAACUGGAAGGGCAAAAUGACAAAGAGCAUCAAGUGAAUGCAGAUGAACAACCAGCACUUUCCCAGGCUGCCAGCAGCAGUGGGACCGGAAGUAGUGAUUAUAGCAGCUGUGAGAGCGACCAUUAUGCCAGCUGCCUGGAGGCCACAGUGCACUCUGGGCGUCUUCUGUUUCCUGUUGUAGGGGAGGAUUCUGCUGGGGCAGAAUCUGACAGAAGAACUAACCAAGUUCUGGAAUCUAGUAAUGAUUUCCCUGAAGAAGCCAAGGUGGAUUCAAAAUCUGAAACUGUUGAGCCUUUAUCUAGGUCGCUUAAUAACCUGAACUUGUCUGAGGAAAAACACGCAAAGAACGGUCAGUUUGAUUGUAGCAGUGGUUCCGUCACAUGUAAGGAAGAGACCCUCGAACCGGAAGCCGAUGUCAGAUCUGAAUCGGAAGAAAACGCUGAACUUUCUUUUACGCCCGGCUCUUUUGUGACCGGCAGGACGCGCUCUAGAUUAAGUCGUUGCUCGACGAGAGAGGGCAGAACCCCUGAGAGCGUGUUUGCCACGUCUUCUUUGUUCGAGGACACCCUUCCAACACCGGUGCGUACACUUCGUCACACGCCCAGGUCUCAGAGCAGCGGACACUGUCACAGCUCACGUCACACACCGAGUUAUGGAUCAGAGCACUUAGGAGGAAGUAGAGGAGGAGCCUAUCUGCCCUCAGAGAGCCAAGACUCACAGUCCAGCACAUGUGGAUCAAGUAGUAGCCAACUCGACACACUCAUCCUGCCCAAGAACGUACCUGGUUCUGUCGAGGAGUCACAGACUUUGAAUGACACGAUUAUACUGGAAAAGAACCCGGAUUAUUCAGUUGAUGCUUAUGAAAAAAAUCUUGCUGAGAUCAUUCUUGCAAUGCGAGGACAGGACAAAGGGCUUUCUGGGGAUGGGGAGUUUCUGACUGAUGAUCUGACUAGUGCGGACGAUGCAGCUGCAAAUGAAAAUGUUGCUUCUGCUAAAGAACAUACAAGUGACCUCAUUAACGAAGAUCUCUGGAUGUCUGAGAGGAGCACCUCUCUGUCAGAAUCUGCAUCAUCUUCAUCCUCUUCCAGCUAUUUUUCUCCAAGGAGAUCCAGAGAGAACUCCGACCCUGCCUGUACUCCAGGAACAGGAUGCACCCCGAGGUACAGUAUGAGUAAGCUGCUGAGCAACCAUCGUCCACAGCGCCCGGCUGACCUGUCAUUCACCCCCGGUGGCCGUCCACUCAUCCAGGACCUGGACGAACCAGUGGAAUACCUUUACACAGACACGGAGCAGGGACACAAACUCAUUGAGACACACGUCCCACCAACAGCAGACACCACCAGCAGCGGGGAGGAGACCGUCUUCUACGACUGGGCUUGUUUGCAGGCUGAAAUAAAAGGCAGCAGAGAAAAAGAGAACCAACAAUCUGAGAGAGUAGCUCAGGAGGAGAAAAAUAAAAACCCUGGAGAUGGUUUGUUACCAGAAAUCAGAGGGAUAACUGACAAGGAGCUGAGACUGAGGUUGGUGGAGCUGGGAGAGAGUCCAGGUCCUAUUAGCAGCCGAACCAGGCCCACCUACAUGAAAAGGCUCCGUCGCCUGCUGCAGGAGUCCAACUUACUCAAGAAGCAGCUGGAUCAACCACAAAUUGCUGAUUUAGGUUACACUCCAGAGCUGCGUCUGGUCCUUCAGACUUUCCAGCUGCCCGAUUCCCACAAUGAUGAGCAAGUUCUCAGCCAGGAGUUUGACCAGCCGGACCAGAACAGGAAGUGGAGGGAAGGCCUGAUCAAGUCUAGCUUUAACUAUCUGCUGCUCGACCCCAGAGUAACGAAGAACCUUCCUUUCCGCAGUCACUCCAUGAGUCCCCAUGAGUGUUUCCAGAGUUUUAUUCAUGCUAUAUUUUAUGUGGGCAAAGGGAAACGCUCCCGCCCCUACAGUCACCUGUAUGAGGCUUUAGAGUACUACACUGGAGACAAGAUGGCCAAGAAACUUUUCCCAAAAGUGAAGCACAUCCUCCAGGUGUGGAGUGCCGGACAUGGAGUCAUCUCUCUGCAUUGCUUCCAGAAUGUCAUUCCGGUAGAAGCCUACACCAGAGAGGCCUGCAUGGUAGAGGCCAUCGGGUUAAAGAUGCUCACCAAUCAGAAGCGCGGGGAUUUCUACGGAGUUGUGUCCCACUGGGAUUUGAAAAGGAAACGGAAGCUCGGCGUUCAUCUGUUGUACCGAGCCAUGCAGAUCUUCCUUGCUGAGGGUGAGAGGCAGCUCCGUCCAGCAGACAUCAGGGUGUAACCCCCCCCCACACACACACAGUUUAAGGGAGAUGCCACUACUUUACAAUAAAAAUCGUUUGUUGGUCAGAACUCAGUAAAUACAGAUAAAAUGAUGAAAUGCGGCAUCAGAGAUGGGGAAUAUCUACAUUUUUAAUUACCACAUAAACAGACAAAAUGUGAAUUUUUUUAAGAUCCCGCAUGUAGAUAAGACAUCUUCAUAGGUGUAAUUGAUGAUGUUAAAUAUUUUUCCAACCAAUGAUUUAUUUAUCAACUACAUUUUUCUGCAUCAGGCUUUCUGCCCAUUCCAUGUUUUUACACAAAGUAAUGUUUAGCUGAUGUUUUGAUAUGAUAAAAAAGUGCUUAAGGAAAUGUUGAAGAAUAUCCCUGGGUCCAGAAAUUGAAGGAGAAAACUGAUUUAGGUUUCCUAAGUAGGUUCAUAAUCCAGCACUCGUACGUCAGAUUAAUGAAAUCAUGACUCGACUCGCGUUCAAAUACAACUUAAUUUAGCUAAAAUGUGAUUUGACUUGUUUACAUCGCUCCUUUUGGUUUGUUCUUGUUUAAAAAGUCAGGAGUCAAUGUGAUGAUGUGUAAUGCUAUUACUGCGUUUAGGUCUUUUAGAAAGUUUGAGUAAAAGCAGAAUAUUUUAAACUAGAUCAGCAGAUUUUCCAGUUAAGUAGCCAGACGAAUUUGUUUUUUCCGCUCUUGUGUUGUAGUGUGCAGGAUGUGUAGCUUGCCUGCUGUAUAUAUGGGAGGUUACAGCUGUUAUCUGUUGUCAUAAUCUCCAUAAUUUUGUCAUCUCAUUUACCACACAUCAGUGACCUGAGCAGGGAGCAACCAAAGAGCUCAUUAUCCCCACGGGGAACCACGAUGGAUGAGCUGUCCCAUAUCACAAAUAAGGCAUUACUACUGAAACACGCAGCUUUGUGUUUUAGAAAAUAUGUUGUUUUUAAAUCCAAGCUGCUAGAUUUUAAGCUAAAGUUUGUGAUUUAUCACAAGUCAAACACUUAAUUACAGAGCGUAGAAGUCUGUAAUGAUGUCUUUUGUUGUCCUAAAAUGUCAGUUUUUGAUUUGUCUUUUAUACCUGUAAAAAUAAAGCUCACGAAUUUGUACUUUUAAACAAAAAUUCACAUCUUCAUCUUGGCAUUUAUAAAAAAUAUUGACUGUUUUUAUUGUACUAUUUGUUAAUAUCACUGUGUUUUUCUACCAUGUAUUUGAUUAUUUGUUUUUUUGUACAAUGUAAAUAUAGAGUAAAUGUAAAAUUCAAACAAAUAUCUGCUGAGCUACAGUCCUUUUCUUUGGGCUCCCUCUAGUGGACGAAAGAUGUCAUUCAGAUCUACUGAACUGGUUAGCGAUUACCACCAUCAUUAAAAAAAAAGAGAAAUACUGUAA